CUCUCUUUCUCUCCGUCUCCAUCCCUCCGUCUCUCUCUCUCCGUCUCCAUCCCUCGGUCUCCCUCUCCAGCUCCGGACCUCCUCACUGUUUCUCUCGUGCCCGUCUCCUGUCGGAUGGAAGUCCGUGGCAAACAGCAGGCAGGAUGACCAAUCAGCAGAUAGUCAGCCCGGCCAGCAGGGGGCAGUGUGAGAGAGGAGAGGAGCCCCUGCCCAAGUCCAGCCUGGUGCAGUACUGUGGAUGGAUCACUCGCAAUCUGCUGCUAGCACUCACUGUGCUUGGUGUGGUUUUAGGAUCAGUGUUUGGGAUGUUGUUGCGAUAUGUCCCUGAAUUAGACACCAACUCACUGAUGAUUAUAUCUUUCCCUGGAGAUAUUUUAAUGAGGAUGCUGAAGAUGCUCAUCUUGCCCCUCAUCAUCUCCAGCCUUAUCACAGGCCUGGCCGGCCUGGACGCGCGCUCCAGUGGGCGAAUGGGAACCAGGGCCAUGGUCUACUACAUGUCCACCACCAUCAUUGCCGCCGUGCUGGGGGUCAUUCUGGUCAUAGGCAUCCACCCAGGGAACCCCAAACUGAGGGGGGGUCACGUCAGCUACGUCUCCAAGAACCAGGAGGUCAGCAGCCUGGACGCCUUCAUGGACCUGAUCCGGAACCUGUUCCCCGAAAACCUGGUGCAGGCCUGCUUCCAGCAGGUCCAGACUGUUGCAAAGAAGGUGUCCGUUGCUGUCGAGAACCAGACAGAACCGGUUGUGGUCACUAAGAAGAAACUGGAAUUCAAGGGAGGCAUGAAUGUACUGGGCUUGAUCGGCUUCUUCAUCACCUUCGGGAUCUGCAUGGGGAAGAUGAGGGAGAAGGCCCAGCUCAUGUGCGAGUUCUUCAACAUCCUCAACGAGAUCAUCAUGAGGAUGGUCACCAUGAUCAUGUGGUACUCCCCCCUGGGCAUCGCCUCGCUGAUCUGCGGGAAGAUAGCCGCCAUCGGGGACCUGGAGGUGGUGGCCCAGCAGCUGGGCCUGUACAUGGUCACCGUCAUGGUGGGGCUGAUGAUCCACGGAGGCAUCAUCCUGCCCCUCAUCUUCUUCUGCGUCACCCGCAAGAACCCCUUCACCUUCUACUCCGGAAUCUUCCAGGCCUGGAUCACGGCGCUGGGCACAGCCAGCAGCGCGGGAACGCUCCCCGUCACAUUCCGCUGCCUGGAGGAGAACCUGAAGAUCGACAAGCGGGUGACGCGCUUCGUCCUGCCCAUCGGCGCCACCAUCAACAUGGACGGCACGGCGCUCUACGAGGCGGUGGCCGCCAUCUUCAUCGCCCAGAUGAACGCCAUCCACCUCGAUGGCGGCCAGAUCGUCACCGUGAGCAUGACGGCCACCCUGGCCAGCGUGGGCGCGGCCAGCAUCCCCAGCGCGGGCCUGGUGACCAUGCUGCUCAUCCUCACGGCCGUGGGGCUCCCCACCCAGGACAUCAGCCUCCUCAUCGCCGUCGACUGGCUGCUGGACAGGAUGCGGACCUCCAUCAACGUGGUGGGCGACUCCUUCGGCGCCGGGAUCGUGGACUUCCUGUCGAGGGCGGAGCUGGCCGAGUUCGACGGGGAGGCCCCGCCGCCCCCCGAGGCGCCGUUCCCGCCGCCCAUCCUCACCGAGAUGGACCUGGUGGACCCCCUCAAGCCCCCCCAGCUGCCCCCCCGGUCCCCGAGGCCCCUCUCGCUCAACCACCACUCCCUCUCCCACUCGCACUCCCUCUCUCACUCCCCCAGGUCCGUCCGCUCUCACUCCUCCCGGUCCCUCUGCUCCCCCUCGCCCCGCCCCCUCCGCUCCCCCUCGCCCCGCCCCAACCGCUCGCCCUCGCCCCGCCCCCUCCGGGCCCACUCGCCCCGCCUCCUGCACCGGACCGAGCCCGGGUACUGCGCCCUGCCCACCCAUGACAACCAGGUCCCCACCCCGCACUCGUUCCGAAAGAGAGGGCGCGAUCACCUGAGGGCGCAGGACAGCUACCGGGGCAGCGAGACGGAGGAGGAGGAGGAGAAAGAGCGAAUGGCGGACGAGGGGAGCGAGGGAGAGGAGAGCGACGACACGGCCUACGACCGGAGACACGCCAUCCCGCCCGGCGACCUGCCCUGAGGGCGUGCGCUUCUGCCCCCGCCGUCGCCGCGGUUACCGCCGUGCCCCCCCCCCCAGACCCCCGCCGCAUCACGGCGGCGCACCUGCUCACCAACUCCCUCCGAAAUACCUCGUUUCCACAGCAACCGGUCCCGCCUCGCCGCUUCCCCCUCGGUCCUGAGAUUCAACAGGGACGGGGGUGUCGGGGGGGGCCACGCACAAACGACGCACUGCGAAUCAAAACAGUUCCUGCACUCCGCCCUUUCUUCAUGCGACGGGGACUCGUCCGUCCGCCGUGGUCGGGCCACCUGUCUCUCUCUCCCGUUACGUCACUGUCUAUUUUUACUUUCCUGGCUUAACGUCCCUCAGAACAUAAUCAGAUCGCUACCCUCUUGCCCUCUCAAUUCCUACCCUGAAAUCCUCGUUCAUUCUAAUUCUGAAAGGCGUCAUUCAUCAAUUGUUCUCACGGCAGCAUCGUCCACGGAAACGGUUUUGAACCAAUUUUUUGGCAUUACGUCAUCAUCUGUCAUGCAUGGGAUUUGUGCUGCCAUGACAACAACCGCUUGCCUCACUGUUGCUGCACCAAAACCUCACCUCUCCAGGGAGGAAGCUGCUUAAGAGUUCUACGGAAGUCCUUAGUGCUUCCUGUUUGUUUCCAUCGCAAAUGUUGCUAAGUCUGCACAGUGUCAUUUUAGCUUACUUUAGGCUGAUCUUACUAUUGGUUUCUAAGGGGGCAAAUAAGAUUGACACCUAUUCCUUGUAGACUUUUUUUUAUUUCACUUCCUUUUUACCCAUGAAUCACCAUGGUUUGCUGUGACGACUGUAAUCAGUCAGUUGAGUCCCCCUAGGAGAGUCAAUAUCUAGGUUUUUACAUGAUUGCAAAGCAUAACAUUUAAUAUGUCACACAAAACGGAUAAUAUGUACUGUUUCUGGUACUAUUUGCAUUUAGUGUGUUGGCUUUUUUCACAUCAAUUGCUUUGAUUAACUCAUUUGUUAUGGAGGAAUAGCAACUGUGUUUAUUGACAGUCAUAUUUUUUCCUUGUUCCUUCCCUCUAUUUCUCUGCCCUCUUUCUCAUUUAAAAUCCUCCACGCCUUCUACUCAUUCCAGUGUUUACCUCAACAUGAAGAUUAGUAUAUAAUAGAAAAUGUCCCUUCUACACACUGUCAUAUCGACAGAAUAUGGGAAUGUCACUGAAUCAGUAUAGCUCAUCAGUAUGUUUAAAAGUCUUAUCUUAACUAACUUAUCUUUAUGAAAGCAUAACUCUAAUGGAGUAGCAUUGUAAUUAUUGUUAUUAAUAUUAUUGAAAAGGGAUACAGUUCUUUAUUAUUCUUAAUUUGUUGUUUGGUUGUCUGUCUAAAAUGAUGGGUGUUAGUUGUUUGUCCCUUCUCAGAAGCACUAGUCAUUCAGAUCUGUGAUCUAUCUAAUGACAGUAUUUGUUGAUUCAUUAUUCAGUUCAGUCAGUUUUGUUUGUUAUUUAACUUAAUAUGUCUAUUAUUGUUUUAACUUUGUUUUAAUUUGUUCUCUGCUGUCCUUUUAAAUUGACUUUCCAGUUGAAAGGAAAGUCACCCACUUUCCCAGGACCCCUUCAGUCUUAAAUUUAUUUUUGGCUUGUGUGUACAAUUAAUAAAACAUUAAAGAUUUAUUUAAAUUGA